UCAUUCGCGUUCGGUUGCUAAUCGAGUGAGGUCGUUCGUUCUCUGCAUUUGUUUUGCUUUGCAUUUGUUAGAAAUGGCUCGUACCAAGCAAACGGCCCGUAAAUCUACCGGUGGUAAGGCACCCAGGAAACAGCUAGCCACUAAGGCGGCUCGCAAGAGCGCCCCCGCCACCGGCGGUGUCAAGAAACCCCAUCGUUACAGGCCGGGAACUGUAGCACUCCGUGAGAUCCGUCGUUACCAGAAGAGUACUGAGCUCCUGAUCCGCAAGCUGCCCUUCCAGCGUCUCGUGCGUGAGAUCGCACAAGAUUUCAAGACCGAUCUUCGUUUCCAGAGUUCGGCCGUUAUGGCUCUUCAGGAGGCCAGCGAGGCGUACCUGGUAGGCCUCUUCGAAGACACCAAUCUGUGCGCGAUCCACGCCAAACGCGUCACCAUCAUGCCAAAGGACAUUCAGCUGGCGCGCAGGAUCAGGGGCGAGCGCGCUAAUUUCAUUAAAAUACCUAUGGUGCAUAUAUACGUAUGUAUUUAUUUAUUAUUAUUAUUAUUAUUUUCAUUUAAAACAACUAUUCACCCAUACCCAUCAUACCUAUUCAGUUCAGGCGCUCGCGGCACGUCCGAGCGGCGCGAUCUAUAUAAAGACACGCUCUCGAAAUUUUCGCCUCAUUCGCGUUCGGUUGCUAAUCGAGUGAGGUCGUUCGUUCUCUGCAUUUGUUUUGCUUUGCAUUUGUUAGAAAUGGCUCGUACCAAGCAAACGGCCCGUAAAUCUACCGGUGGUAAGGCACCCAGGAAACAGCUAGCCACUAAGGCGGCUCGCAAGAGCGCCCCCGCCACCGGCGGUGUCAAGAAACCCCAUCGUUACAGGCCGGGAACUGUAGCACUCCGUGAGAUCCGUCGUUACCAGAAGAGUACUGAGCUCCUGAUCCGCAAGCUGCCCUUCCAGCGUCUCGUGCGUGAGAUCGCACAAGAUUUCAAGACCGAUCUUCGUUUCCAGAGUUCGGCCGUUAUGGCUCUUCAGGAGGCCAGCGAGGCGUACCUGGUAGGCCUCUUCGAAGACACCAAUCUGUGCGCGAUCCACGCCAAACGCGUCACCAUCAUGCCAAAGGACAUUCAGCUGGCGCGCAGGAUCAGGGGCGAGCGCGCUUAGGCACCCAAAUAAUAUAAUACACAAAUUCAUCGUGAAUGUAUGUUGUGCGUGCGGUGUGGUGUUUACAUGGUGUUUGUUCGUGGUCUGCCGUCUGUCUUGCCGGCAGUCGGUGACCAGCGUAAGACACUAAAUAAUAAUAUUCCACCGUAUCGUUCAUCCAUACAACGGACGAACAAAAAGGCCCUUUUCAGGGCCGCACAUGAUUCUGAUAAUAUAAUUGUUUCUCUGUACACACUUUGCGAGUCUCUUCAACCGUUCACAUAACUGGUUAUAUAGGUACAUAUCCAUAGAUAGUAGCGUACAUAAUUUUCAAUUGCCUGACAUAGAUACAUACAUAUGUAAUUUUUUUCUUCUUAAAUUAGACGGCGCGUUUGUAUUUUGCACGCUGUCACUACAUAGGCCUACCAUACUACCAUUAAAAGUCAUGAUUUGAUUAGCAUAGAACAAAAUUAAAACUUGUACUCGAGCUGGAUACAUAGAAAAACAUCUGAAAAAGUCAAAAUUUAUAAAAUUGAUUCUAAAUAAAUUUAAAAGACGUCGUUUACAUUCGACGAGGAGUAGACACCGGAUAGA